AUGAAGGUCUUCGACAUACUCUCAACCUUGGCGGUUUUAGUAGGCAAUGCCUUUGCGGCUUCGCGAACAUCGCCGCCAUCCGGCGCAAUCGUCGUUGCUAAAUCGGGUGGCCAAUACACCACGCUUCAAGCAGCUAUCAACUCCAUUUCAGCCAGCUCCACCGCAACUACCACAAUCUUCAUCCAGCCGGGCACUUACUCUGGACAAGUUUCCAUUCCCAGCCUGAGUGGAAAGCUCGUCAUCUACGCAUACACUACCAACGACCAAGACUACACCAAGAACCAAGUCAUCUUGACCAAUACUCUAUCAGCUGCGGAUGCUGGAAGUAACGACUUAUCCGCAACACUGAGAGUUGCGACUAGCUACUUCAGUCUGUACAACGUCAACCUGAUAAAUGGCUAUGGAAAGGGCUCUCAAGCUCUAGCCAUCUCUGCAAAUGGCCAGUACCAAGCGUACUACGGCUGCAGCUUCGUCGGCUAUCAGGACACGAUCUAUACCAACAAGCCACACCAAGUCUACAAGAACAGCUACAUUGAGGGCGCGACUGACUUCAUCUUCGGCAACGAUGGCAACGCUUGGUUCGAGAAGUGCACGAUCGCUAUCAACGGUGCCGGAUACAUCACUGCGAGUGGUCGCGACAGCGCCGACGGCUACUGGUACGUGAUCAACAAGGCCACAAUCGCAGCAAAGUCAGGUGCUGGUGUGGCCAAGGAGUCUACGGUGCUGGGCAGGCCGUGGAGGGAAUAUGCGCGCGUUGUCGUCCAAAACUCACAACUCAGCGAUGUCGUCAAGCCUGUUGGAUGGUCUGCUUGGGGCACUAACCCCACUGCCAACGUUUACUAUGCGGAAUAUGGCAACACUGGAACUGGUGCCAGCGGCACGCGGGUGAGCUGGGCCAAGAAGCUGUCAAGUGCGGUUUCCAUUGACACGAUUCUUCCGGGCUGGGCUUCUUGGGUUGACACAACUUAUUGGAACUCGUCUUGA